UUUGACUGGGUGGACCAGUCAUUAAUCUGGGUGGAUCCAUGCCACUGUGGCCCUGAUGAUCUUGGGACUUGUCCUUUGUGAAAUGUGAGUGUUUAAGAGCUCCUUCCACACAGAGAUUAGCCUCUUGUACAGGAAACAGGAGAUCAUCAUCACGGUAAGACUUCCUUCCUUUGCUUCCAGUUGCAGUUGCCCUCUAGACCCCCACCAGCCCUCAGAAAGAUCCUCUCAUUUACCAUCUGAAGGCCAUGACAACCUGAAACUGACCCAACUGUUCAAGGAGAAGAAUCCACAGAUUGAAGCUCCUCGUUUGUUGGCAGAUGAGCUGAGUAUUGAAAGUAGGACAGCUGUUACCGACCAGAAUUCUCUGAUUGGAUUUUUCGUCACGGGAAUUGUUGUGCCAUGAGUAAGGUGAGUGUGUGUGCUUCAGAAGAAAGCUGUUCUCCAUCUGUGUAUCCCAAACUCACUUUGGCUGCUAGAGUCAGCUACCUCCAUCCAGGAGCAGGAUCAGACAUGAAUAUCAGGAUUCCAGGGAUCAAACCUCCACUGAGCCCCAAGCCUUGCAUCCUUCCACCAGCUCCUGCUGUUCCCACCGUAACGGCUGGCAAACCGUGGUACACACACAGCAGCUGUGUUCAUAGCGCCAAGCAGAAAGAGGAAGCUGGUGCUCAGAGCAAAGCGAAACCCGAAAGGACGUCCUUUCUUUCUGCUGUCAUUGAGAGGACCUCAAAGCUGUAUGGAGACACAUACACACCUGUACUGAGUAACAGAACAGCACCUGCCAUGGAGGCUGCUACUGUGAGAUCACAUCCUGAUGAGGAUAGUGGCAAGACAUCAUUGACUGUAGAAACACAGAGUGCCAUGCUGCCAUCAGCCGGGCUUAUACCUUCAGUUCCUGUAAAGGGAGAGGCGUUUGAUUGGAUCAACUGCUCGUCUGCACAUGCUCAGAGUGUGGCCAAAGCCAAGUACCAAUUUCUCUUUGGAAAGAAUGAAGAUACAAGCUCAGCAGAUACUGUGACCUCUCAAGACCAAGUCAAAGAGGAGGCCAGCUCAAGUGUCGACGGUGCUCUUGAAGACGAUGAUGAUGUUGACGAGACAUCACUGUUCCAGGAGAUUGACAGGGAGCUAUCUAAUCUGCUGAGCGGCCUGACGGCUCGCAGUCAGCAUGCUGCGGCCCAGUGGGGCUCGACAACCACCUCACCCAUGAUCCCCUGCAACGGACUGAACGAGACGUCGCUGCAUAUGGCCAAUAAGGGUUCAGACCUUAAGAACGGCCAGUCCGAGUUAGCCGGGGACUUGCUUGUGACAUCUGGACUGCGUUUUGACUCGUGGUGUGAUGCGCUAAUAAAGGACCCCAGCUCAAUGGUUGCCAGAUGCUUCAGCACCGAAAUUGCCACUCGAGACCCCGGGAUUGCACCGGACAGCCAAAAUAAACCAGACGCCAGCCUGACAACAGUAAUCACUGGACAUGAGGUUGGGGGGUCACCCUUACCCAGUCACUCUGAUGACGCCUCUGCUGGGCUCUUGGAUGAGUCUCUAGGAGAGUCCAGUAAGAUCCUGGCAGAGGUCCCGGGCAUCUUCAGCACCUUUCUGGAAGGGGGCAAACUGCAAAAGAAGCCGCCAAAGAAGCUGCGCUUUGUGGAGAUCAGGACUGAGAGUGUGCUGAACGGAGAGAUGCAGAACGGAGCAGAGCAGAGCGGCAGCUUGAAAGAGGAAGAGAGUCAGGACAUGGAGCACGCAGACGCGACAGGAGCGACACCCAAUCACAAAUCAACACAACAUAGCUCACACAGGUGUUUAGAAGGUAAAUCCACAACAGGUGAGGAGGCCACAGAUGUCUUCAGCUGUCAGUUUGAGAACAUUCUGGAGUCUGAGCGUCUGCGAGGGACUCUCUACAGCAGUAUGGACUCGCUGGAUGUGCUGUCCAACUCUGAGCCAGAGCCCACUUCUCAAACUGCUUCAGAACCCUCAUUAACCUUUGACAUCCCCCUCACGCCCAUUAUUCAACAGCGACUCAAAGACAGAACUCUGUUCCUGGAUGUGGCCGACGCUGACCCGUGCGCAGUUAGCGAGCUGUUGAGUGUCACGGCCACGCAGAAGAGCGGACAGCCGGCUCUGGAGGUCACCUCAUCGCUUCUGUCAUCGGCCGUUAAGGACACAAGCGCGGCGGGUGCAGCUCUGUUGAACGGUUUGGAUGAGAAGGACCCGAGAGACUGGCUGCAGGGCUGUUUGAGCAGUGAUACGGGGCUGAAGGAUGUACUGUCAGACUGGGACUCAGACAUGGACUCUGAGGAAUGUCUUAAAGACACAGAUGUUCUUCACAAUGGCAGCCGCAGUGACCAGGAAUCCGCCCGACGCCUGGCCAGACGCCUCUACCACCUGGAGGGCUUCCGCCGCUCAGAUGUUGCCAAACAUCUGGGCAAGAAUAAUGACUUCAGUAAGAUGGUGGCAGAAGAAUAUCUCACAUUCUUUGAGUUUACAGACUUGACAUUGGACCAAUCACUCAGAUCCUUUCUGAAAGCGUUCUCACUGAUGGGUGAGACUCAGGAGAGAGAGCGAGUGUUAAUUCAUUUCUCCAACCGGUACUAUCAGUGUAACCCCACCGUCAUCACUGCACAAGAUGCAGUUCAUUGUCUCACCUGCGCACUAAUGCUGCUCAACACUGACCUUCAUGGCCCUAAUAUUGGGAAGAAGAUGACGUGCCAGGAAUUCAUCAAUAACCUGGACGGACUCAACGCAGGACAAGAUUUCCCCCGAGAGCUGCUGAAGUCAUUGUAUAGCUCCAUCAAGAAUGAGAAGCUGGAAUGGGUCGUGGAUGGAGAUGAGCUAAAGAAGUCUUUGUCUGAGUUGGCGGAUAAGAACGAUCAUACUCACAUGAAGAGCAUCAGCCGCAUCAGCAGUGGCAGUAAUCCCUUCCUGGACAUCACACACGACACAAAUGCCGCCAUCUACAAAACCGGUUUCCUCACUCGCAAAAUCCAUGCCGACAUGGAUGGGAAGAAAACGCCCAGAGGAAAGCGAGGAUGGAAAACCUUCUAUGCUGUUCUUAAAGGCAUGAUCCUGUAUUUGCAGAAGGAUGAGUAUAAGCCAGAGAAAGCUCUAUCAGAGGACGAUCUGAAGAACGCCAUCAGCAUGCAUCAUUCUCUCGCCAUCAAAGCUAUGGACUAUGAGAAGAAACCCAACGUUCUGAAGCUCAAGACAGCUGACUGGAGAGUGUUCCUCUUCCAGGCCCAGAGUCCUGAUGAAAUGGAGUCCUGGAUUAGAAUUAUAAACUCAGUGGCGGCCAUGUUUUCUGCACCAUCAUUCCCUGCAGCCAUUGGCUCUCAGAAAAAAUUUAGCCGUCCGCUGCUGCCGGCAACCUCCACCCGAAUGUCUCAGGAAGAGCAACUGAAAUCCCAUGAGGCUAAGCUGAAGCACGUCUCCACAGAGCUCACCGAGCACAGAUCCUACCCCCCAGAUAAGAAAGCCAAAGCCAAAGAGAUUGAUGAGUACCGCUUGAAAGAGCACUACCUGGAAUUUGAGGAGAUUCGUUAUGAGAUGUACGUGAAGCUUCUGAAAGAGGGAGUGAAAGAAGCGCUGAUGUCCAGAGAUGGAGAGAUGGCAUUAAAAAAAUCUCAGUCCAGCCCCUCCCUCAACCAGGAGUCCCAGCCGGCCACCGCCAAAGUCAAACGCAACACUUCCGAGCGCAAGGAUCACCGGCCCGAGACUACCAAGGUUACAUAGACAGCCUUCUGCCUCCUGUCAGAGAGCCAUUGUAUACCACGUGUGACUGUGUUUGGAUGUCAUUUAUUUAUCUGCCAUCAGCUGUAUAAGAAAACCUUUGUUUGGAAGUUGUAAAUCUCUAGGUCUCCCUUGAACAAUUGUUGCUUGUGGAGCAAAUUGUGCGGAACAUGACGUGUGUUUUAUUUUUAAUGUGUAAAUAUUUCAUUCUCUUGAUGUGUGCUGUCCUCUAAUUGACUUUUCCUGCAAGAGAAGUAUUUUCUUCAAUUUAGUGGAAAUUUCCACAUUGAUUUUACUAUAAAUAUAAAAGGCAGUAGAGUGCUCACUUUGAAGGUUACCUAUGAUUUGAUUAUAUAAAUUCAAUAAACGCAAACAUAACCACAUGUGGAACUGACUACAGUCUGCAGUGAAGCAAAGGUUUAAUGGGUCUUUGAUUUAUACAUUUUGAGGAUCCUUCAGGAUUUCAGUGCAUGGAUACGAUGCUGAAUUUGUUCUGAAAGCCUUUUGUUGAGUUGAAUGAUAUAUAUAUUCCGCUAUCAAUUUACUAACCAACUACUAACAAAUCACUAAAUCAAUAUAUAUAAUCAAGAAUCAUACCAGCAUGUUGCAGCAAUGGACACACUCUAAAUAGAUCAUUUUAUAAUGUUUUUGAGGUAUUUGCUAAGUUCUGGGAUUUCAGACGGCAAAGUGAUCUUACUGUAAACAUCCAAUUGUCAGUUUGUGCCAUUUAUUUUUUUAUCUGUUGAAGUAAAGAGUAUACUUCUGCUUUUUUGAGUAGUGCAAUGGUCUUUUUGUGUAUUUUAUAAUGUUAUAUAUUUGAAUUUUUAAUUCUAGAUGACUAGUAUUCAUGGUGCACUUUAUGAAUUCAUUUCUUUUUUUGAGAGCUUUAUAAAAGGUAGUGAUGCAUUAUUUCAUUAUAUCGCAGGUUGUUUGAACAUUACCAGAUGGUGUUGACUUUUCUUGAAGGUACGUUUCACUCGGCUUGACGUGUAAAGUCAUUUUAGUUUGUCUGUGGUUUUGUGUUCUUGCUGUCAUAUUUUUUUAAAAGACUAUUUGCAUUGUUGUAGGACAUUUCACUUUGGAACUAUUGCUUUUCAUGAUGCUGAUUUUGAAUUUAAGAUGUCAUCUAUAUAUUUUCAAUAUGGAAAGAAACCAAUGAGAACACUAUAUGAACGUUCGACAUGGUUUAUUGCACACCAACAAAUAUUCUCCAUAGCAAACCUAUUGACUUUUUUUGAAGGUGUAAAAGGAAUCUGUAUUCUUUAAUGUUCAUUUAUUAUGAUAUCAGUCCCUCCAGUCUAAAAUAACAUUUGUUUACUUGAAAUGUUUUCUGGACACUUUAUUUCUGUUAGCAAGGUUACUUUGUCAUUAUGUUUUAUUAAUGGAAAGGAUUCAUUCAUAUCUACAUUGUCCUUUCAGGCUCAUUGUCACAAAGACUUUAUAUUGUUGCAUCAUCUGGUUUUUCCGUGUAUUUCUUGCCUUGAAAUUGAGACACAACGGUUGUCAUAUUUGUUAUUUCUCUUGUCCAGUUCUAAACACAGAAGCACUUUAUCUUUCUUGGUUUGUUUUUGCUACUUUUAGAACUAAUUACAUUAUUUUGAGCAAUAUAUACACAGGUUAUAGUAAUUAAUACUACAGAAAUGUUAUCGGUAUGUAAGGCGCCAUGAAGAGAUCUGCUGUUCUUUUUAUGUGCAACUGUGUUUUUGGUUGUUUGGUGUUCAUUUCUUCUCCAGACCAGAUAUUUCCUGUGACAGUAACUCGAGCACUAACCCUUUAACAGUGCACGGCAUACACAGACUUUGUCUUUUUCAAUUGUCAUUUUAUUUGCUCAUAUUUUAAGUAGGAUGUAGACAACACAAGAAAACGAGAGAGAUGGGUUUCCAAAACAAACUGCUUAAAAGAAAAGUAGAUUUAAAAGUGAGACUAACUUCAGUGUAAUUGAGAAGUUUCAAAUGAAUGAAAUAUUUUGCUUUAAUUAUGAUUAUGAUCAGUCAUUUUGUCACAGUUGAAUCUUCUGUUUUCAAACUCUUCGUGACGUAUACUACGACAUUUUCAGUUUCUUGAACUGAGCGUGAUUGUACAUGUUCUGACUUGUUGUUGACUCCAGUGUCAUCUUUCUGUUUGCUUUAUCAAACCCUGUAUUUUCUGAUCUCUCCCAAAUGAAGGAGAUAGCUGGUUUGUAAUACGUCUUAGCCAUCACUUGAGCCAUGUGUUGUCCAAACUCAGACAUGGUGAAAUAUGUUUUCGUUUUUGUUUUUUCAGCUGUGAUUCUGUGCUGUUCAUUUAAAUAUGUAAAUGUUGUGAAAUAUGCCUGUUGCCCUGUGUUCAGAAAAUUGGAUUUGUUGAUGAAGCGAUCUCUUGGCAUGAGCGUGUCUUACGCCUGCUUGCUAAGAUCAAGGACACGAUGUUGGCUUCAGUGAAUAAAAUAUUGUAUUUA